UAUGUAAAAAACGAAACAGUUUAAUGUUAAUUCCAAAAACGGUUUGAUAGGAAGUUCAUUAGCCAUUUCAAAGGUUUGUUUGAGUUAACGGUGUAAAGACCAAGAUGUCUCCAUCGCACAGCAUGCUUGGCCAUCAACAGCAAUAAAUCAGAUACAUUUAAUGAGACUUGGAAGGGGCACGCCUUAAAAAAUAAGAAAUUGUUUCAUUCUGAAAAGGGAAACUAAAGGCAAUGGAUGGACUGAACUGUGAGCUGAAAACCUGAGCAAGUGAUGGAGAACAAACAUAUUUUUGUCUCCCAGCAUCUUAUUGAGUAAUUGGAGGACCAGACAUAGCGAAAUAUUGAUACAAUGCAGCCUAUUUUUAAUACAUCAUCCAAGCCAUGACCGAUUCUGGACCGUCAAGAAAAAUGUCACGGGCAAAGUUGGUGAUACUUGGACGAGACAACUGUGGAAAGACAGCCCUGUGUGUUAGAUUCAUCACCAAGCGGUUCAUAGGAGAGUAUGACCAUAAAAAGGAAGUAACUUACAGGUGUCGGAAAACUGUCGACAAGGAGACCAUCGAUUUGGAGAUAUUGGACACAGCCAACAAGGAGUGUGUGGGUUCUGCAGCACCUUCUCUGGAGAGUUCCAUUAAAUGGGGCGACGGUUUCCUUAUUAUGUAUUCCAUCACAGACCGGAGCAGCUUUGAGUCUGUCUCACACUUAAAGAGGCUUAUUGAUCAUGUCAAGCAGACCCUAGGCAUACCUACUGUAAUAGUUGCGAAUAAAUGUGACAUGGAGAAUGGAAGGGUGGUGCGGACAGAAGAAGGAAAGGCCCUUGCCAGUGAUCUGAGGUGCAGCUUCUUUGAGUUGUCUGUGGCGGAGUGUUCUGUGGCUGUCGAGUUAGCGGUUGAGAAGUUGGUACGAGAGGUGCGUCUGGAGUACCAGCGCCACCUACUGGCCAUGGACAAACGCUCACGCAUGCUCCAGAUGAGGCACGCACUGAGCCGCAAGCUUACCCGCAGCAAGACCAUGCAGUGGUGACCAAGGCAGUUCAGUCUGGCCCCCUGGGCACAGGCCUGAAGAUCUACUUAGCCAACGCUGUUAUCUUCAUCUGCGUUAUGCUUUAAGUUGACAGCGAAAGGUCAGUGGCUAGUUUCCUUAUAAAYAGCACACAGAAGUUGGAGAAGAACACAUAAUGGACAGCAUUACACAGAAAUUAUAUAUAUAUAUAUACACAUUGUGUGUCUAUGGCUACAUAUUUGGUUAAUGCACAAUUGCAUAAGGGUUCACACAGAUUUGAUAUGACACUUGACAACAUCAAUGGGAGUUUGAAAGAAAGCAGCUGAAAAUGGAUCGGAAGUUGCACUUUGACCAGGAGGUAUUAUCUCUUACCUGUUCGACAUUGAAUUAUGGGUAACUCCACUAUUACAAAAACAUUAGACUUCCUUGAGUGUAAACUGAAAUGUUAUUUUGUUAGACAUUUUUGGUGUCUACKGUGUUCAUAAGGAGAACUGUCACACACUAAAUCUUGAUGGCUGUUUAUAAAAUCAGGAUAUAUUUUUUUUUAGAGAGAAGAGAAGUCACAAUUACAACUUUGUAAUUUUAUUUAAAAAUGGUCAAAUAAAUAAAUACAAAUUGAUCGAAUGCUCCAAAAAUCUUGACUUACUCUGACACUGCAAUGGAAUUUGCCAAACACUGCAUACAAAUAGCUACAUAAAAUAACUAAAGUACAGGAAAGAGGUAAAGGAAAUCAGUGGAUCACAGGCAACAAAAAGGAUUGGUAACAAAACCGUAGUCAAAAAUAAAGAAAUACUUCUUUAAAAAAACUGUGAAAAAAUACAACUGACAAAUAUUACAAGAGAGUAUGCAGUUUGUGUAAUAAACCAUUUACACUAUAUUCGGCACAUUAGUACCUUUGACUUGCUUGAUUUGCUACAAUGCAUCUUAACAAAGAGGAAGAAUACUUUACGUUGAGAAAAAGCCUUCUAAAUUAAUCAAAUGAUAUGAGUGCAUGAAGUUAGAGGUGGGACAGUGGUUACAAGAAAGGGGGGUCUCCAUAUUGAUGGCAAUGAAAUGCAACUAGAAUACUUGAAGGCCACAGAUGUGACAUGAUAUAGCAUGAGAACAACUGUUUUCAGAACUAAUCAAGAUAUGCAGAGAAUCCAAGGUAAUACACUGGUAUGGAUGAAGAAUCUACUCAAUAUUGGUUUCCUAAUUGGUUGCUCUCGUUGUGAAUAUUAUUUAGCUGGUGUAUAUCAUAAAUGGGAAAUAAAAAAGGCUUUAAAAUCAUUCUUUGGAUAUUAAUGUUGUUUCCAUUUUUUUUUUUACCACAACAUGACAUUUUACUUUCUUUCACAGCACAAAGCACUACACAAUAUUUGAGUUGGCCAUACCACAUCCUCCCCUAUUUUCCUUCCUAAAUCAGAAAAUAAAAACAAUUACGCCCAUAAUAUUAAGCACUUUGCCUUCAAAGUUAUGAUCCAAUAAAAGUCACUAAUUGAUAGGAAUAUUUCAUUUCCUACACGAGUAAUUGGGGUACGUAUACAGUACAUUAAACAUUUAAUUGUACAGCUGUAGUUUUCAAUAUGCUGCUGUAACACUUUACAUUAAGGUACCCUAUACCCUUCAUCACUGGUCUAUAAAGUGUUACUUAUUAGUUAUAAUGGGUUAUAAACUAAAAUCUGUAAACUACUAAAUAACAGUCUAUAAACUACUUAUACAUAUUUUAUGAAAGGCACCUUAAAGUAAAGUGUUACCAAGGUUGGAAAGGGCGAAAUUCAGUUCUAAAUAUAUGAAAAGUAGGAAUGGUUUUUAUAAGUAGAAUCAUGUCCAUACAAUCUAUUUGCAUAUGUAGGCAUAGAUUUGUUGAGGUUUUGACAGCUGUAGUUUUGUUGUUGGGCUCACCAUGCUGAGCACAGAUAGGGGAGUGUAUUUGCUGAGAUCCUUAUUGUUUCUAUUGCGUUAUUGAGGCACUGAGAGCCACAUUGUCUAAGCUUCUUCACCAAAAGGUCCAAUGAAAUACAUAAAAAAGGAUUAUAAAGACACUAUGAAGAAUAAAAUGUAAAUUAUUUACCAAUAUUCUGGAAAUAUGUCAAAAGCUUGGAAAUCUGGCCCUAAUUAUACAUAUUCAUGGUAAGUGUGUGUCAUCACUGCUGUCACUUUUAUCAUUUGCAUCUUGCCCUGUGAAGAUGGCAAA